AUGGCUUUUCGUGAUUUUUGGAAACCGUAUUUCGGCUGUGAAUUUCCAAAUUCAAUUGUAGUUAGCCGACAAAAAUCAUUAACAGUAACUGCUCUUGCUAACACAACACCACAAGAACAAAUGUUAGACGAACGUUUAUUUUCACUGAUUCGACAAAUGCAAUCAGAAUUAGCUGAUAAAAUAACUAGCAUGCUUCUUGAAAUUAAUACUACUAAACUUCUUCAUAUGCUUGAAUCACUUAAAGCUAAAGCCUAUAUUAAAGAAGCUAUUGCAGUACUUCAAGUUUAUCUUGCUAAACAACUUUAUGCAGCUACCUCUCUUCCUAGUCUCUAG